AUGUCCUCGAAACUUGGAAAGCGAAAAGAAAGAGGGGAGGAUGUCCCGGCGGGAACACAUCAUGGAUCAACACUUUUCGUAUCGAAUCUUCCAUACUCUGCGACCUCCGUCGAUUUGCAGACAUUGUUCUCUGAUAUCGCACCUGUGAAGAGUGCGUUUGUUGUCACAGAACAUGGAACAGGAAUUUCGAAAGGUGUCGGAUAUGUCUCUUUCGCGAUCAAAGAAGACGCAGAGACCGCUUUCCAAACUAUCUCGAAGGAGGGAAUUAGUCUGGUGGGACGGCAGUUGGGUGUGCAGUGGGCGGAAAGCAAGCCUAAACGAAAAGAGGGGAAGGACGCCGUGAAGACAGAAUCGAAACCCAAACCCAAACCCAAACCCAUACCUCGCCUUCCUCACGAUCCUCUUGCAAUACGCACGAUAGUCGUCUCGGGUAUCCCAUCAGGAAUCGAUUCAAAGGUAUUAUGGAAGAAGAUUCGGAAAUACGAAGGGGCAGAAAAGGUAGAAUGGCCCAUAAAGAACGAAAGUGGGGAUGAAGAUUCAAGUACAGCAAAUGUUCUGUUCUCAACUGCUGGGCAAGCGUCCGACGCCGUCAGCAAACUCCACGCGCACGUCUACAAAGGGUCUCUCCUUUCCGUGACACUGAAAAAGCGGCUGGACACCCUAGCGAAACCUAGUGCAAAGGCAAAAAAGGCACCAGCACCGAGCUAUGCCAGUCGUUUGAUUGUACGCAACAUCCCCUUCAGUGCUACCGAACAAGACCUACGUGCUGUUUUCCUGCCAUAUGGGCCAAUUCACUCCAUCCACAUACCAACAGACGACAAACCGGCAGAUCCUAAAGAAGAAGGCGAAGACACGAUUUCAAAUCAUGUGGAAAGCAGCACGGCAGCUGCGUACGCCGCCGCAAAGAAACCGAGGACAAAAGGAUUUGCAUUCGUAUGGAUGCUGAGUAAGAAGGACGCAGAGAGGGCACUGCAAGGGUGCAAUGGGACGAUCAUACGUGCGGGCGUGGCAGAGGCAUUCGCAUCGGACAAACAGAAGAAGAAGAAACUGAAGCGCUUGGAGCAGAAGCAGGCAAAAAUCGCUGCUGGGAUAAAAGUGGAAGAAGGCAAGGAUGAGGAAGAGCAGGACGUAGAGGAGGACGAAGACAAUGAAAAGAAAGCGACAGAGCGCGUCAUAGCUGUAGAUUGGGCGCUGAGCAAGGAUAAAUGGAAGGAGGAAAAGAAGAAGCUGGACGACGAUGAGAAGAUGGGGAGCCCGUCUGGGUCGGAUAACGACAGCGAAGACAGCGAAGACGGGGGUCUCGGGUUCCACAGUGGGAGUGAGGAUGGAAGCGAUUCUGAAGAUGAGAAGGUAAAGCCUGAGCUGCCGCCACCAGAGACAGGCACGACACUCUUUGUUCGAAAUGUCCCUUUCAAUGCCACGGAGGAAGAGCUGAGAACACUUUUCCGUGCCUUCGGCCCACUACGAUACGCGCGUAUAACCGUGGAUCUAGCUACUGGCCGCUCAAGAGGCACCGGGUUUGCAUGUUUCUGGAAUCUCGUAGACGCAGAUCGUGCCGUCGAACAGAGCGAGUUGCUCCGCGCUGAAACGACCGGCCAAGCGACUGCACCCAAGAAAAAUCCCUUCUCUUUGCCUUCGAUUCUUACCCCAGAUCCUUCCUCGAGUCUGGCGCAAAGCUUGGUAUUACAUGGGCGCACACUUGAUGUUGUUCGAGCGGUCACCAGGGACACUGCCAGCAAACUCAAAGAUGCCAAUGAAAAACUGCGAGAAAAGGCAGACAAACGGAACAUGUAUCUGUUGCGUGAAGGAGUGAUCAUGCCAAAUACAACAGCAGCUGAGAACCUCACACCAGCCGAGGUCGAAAAGCGGACAAGUUCAUUCAACGCCCGCCGCGCCCUCCUCAAAUCCAAUCCAUCUCUCUUUAUCUCGAGGACGCGUCUUAGUGUGCGACAGAUACCGACAUUUGUCACAGAGCGCAUGUUGAAGCGCCUGACUGGGCAUGCGAUGAAGGCUUUCAACGCCGAAGUGAAGGAAGGCACACGCGAGCCUUUGACUGCUGAUGAGCUAGCCGACCAGCCCACAGCACUUCCUGGAGAGGACGUCCUCAUGUCCAAUGUCAAACAGGAAGAUGUCCAUGAGGAAACGGAGAAAAAGACCAAGAAAAAGUUCACCGGGCGCGAUACAGGCGUUAAGCAGACCAAGAUCGUCCGACAAGCCGAGCGCGUGGAUCCAAUCACGGGUAAAGGAAAGAGCAAGGGUUACGGGUUCAUGGAGAUGCACAGGCACUCAGACGCACUGCGGGUCUUGCGGUGGGCAAACAACAACCCUCAAGUUGGAGAGCUGUUCGGCUCGUGGUGGAAAGAUGAGCUGGAGAGUAUCUUGAAGGCGGAACGUGCGAAGGAGAAGGACCGUGACGACGCGAGGAUCAAGAAGCUGAAGGAGGAGAUCGAGCGCGCAGGCAACGGGGAGUCAAGGGGCAAGAAAGUCAAGGGCACUUUGAUCGUCGAGUUCUCCAUCGAAAACAUCCAAGUUGUCCAGAGGCGGAAUGCAUUGCAAGAAAAAAGCAAAACAAUUUCUUCCGCACCCACCGGUUCUCCUAACAAAAGGACCAGGAAAAGCUCAGACGGGGACGACUCAAAAAAGGGCUCUGAUGGACGUCCAACCAAGAGGCCUCGUCUCUCUGCCGAUACUGAGGCGAAGCCAAAGGCAGAGGAGAAGCCUUUCAACCCACUAGGUUCUAUCAUCGGCCGCAAACGAAAGGAGAAGAAAGCUGGGAAGAAAUAG